AAAAUACAAAAUGUUUAUAUAUUUUUAUAUGGAUUAAAUUAAGAAUUGAAAACAACUACUAGUUAUAUAAAAUAAUAACAUUUGUAAUUAAUAUUGCACAAAAUGGAAGUUAUUGAACUUGUUUCGGAUGAUGAAGCAUUAGAAGAUAACACAAAAAAAGAAAAUAGAACUUCAAAAAUUUGUAACACUAAUUGUAUAAAUUUUCAAUGUUCUUCUGGAUUUGAUAUGAAAUUAGCACCUUCUUUUGCAUGUGCUUUUUAUGGAGUAAACACAGAAAAAAAGAAAAUGCGUAUGAUAUGUAGACAAUGUUUUAAUGCUGCUUUAGAACAUCAAAAGCAAUUAGUCACAGCUUUUGUAGAUCGUAAGCCAUUGUUAAAAUGUGAAUUUCCGGAUCAUACAAUGGAGGUAGAAAUUUCUGAUAGUGACGAUUCAGAUGAUGAUAAAAAGAAAGAUACAUAUGAUGAAGAAAAAUAUUUGCCGGAACAUAUGCUUGUGGAUAUAGAAGAAAUGUUAGAUAGCACAUUGAAUGAUAUUUUUAAAAAGUAUGAUGUUGAUUAUCAAAUUAAGCAAGCACAUAAUAUAUUAAAGAAUCAAUGGAAUAAAAUAGAUGAACAAAAUGAAAUUCUGGAUAAAACAGUGAAAAAUUUAAUGCGUACCAUGGAUACUUUACGUAAUACUUUAUAUGAUGAAUUUAGACCACAAAUUCAAAUGCUUCAAGAACUUCAAAUAGAUGAUGGCUAUUUGGAUAAUAUUUCCUAUCCAUUAGUGGCAACAAAAAAAGUUACACAAGUGAAAGUUCCCCCUUCUUCAAUAUUACAAGAUAAUCAACCAGAAAUUUUACCAAUUGAACAAGAUAAUAGACAAGUUAUAGUUUUAGAUUUACCUCCAAUUGGUCCAAUUGUAAGAGCACAAAUAGAUGUAGAUAGCAUUGUAUAUAUUAUGAAACAUCCACUUAUGCCUUGGGUUAAAGGAAAGGUGCAAACAGUACAUAUAAAGACUCCUUUGCAUUGUCGUGUAAAAUUAUUACAAAAGAAGUAUAAUUCUGUUAUUAAAACUGUUUCUGGCAAGCAAAUUGCAGCUACUGUAAUUAGUCAAGUAAUAAUUCCAGUUGGUACACGAGUAGUUGCAAUAUUUAAAGAUGUUUCUAGUAAUUUUUAUAGUGGAGUUAUAGCUGAACCGCCAAAAGCUACAAAUAAGUAUAGAUAUUUGAUAUUCUUUGAUGAUGGAUAUGCUCAAUAUGUUGUGCACAAAGAUAUUUAUUUAGUCGCAGAAAGUUCUUCUAAAGUUUGGGAAGAUGUACCUAAUGAAUCUCGUGAUUUUGUAAAAAAAUAUAUUGAAACAUAUCCUGAAAGACCAAUGGUAAAACUGCAAACAGGACAAGUUGUAAAAACAGAAUGGAAUGGAAAAUGGUGGAUUGCAAGAGUUGUUCAAGUUGAUGCAAGUUUAGUACAAAUGCAUUUUGAUGCUGAUGGAAGAACAGAAUGGAUCUAUAGAGGGUCCGCUAGAUUAGGUCCUUUAUAUAUUGAACUUUUAAAAGCUAAUGCUAGACAACAAGGACAUCAUGCAUCUGUCAAUUCUCCUAGUCGUCAUCGAUUGCCUGCUGUUUCUAAUAAAAAUAAUUUACCAUAUGUAGAAUAUACAUCUAAUAUAGAAUCUGAAGAAGAAAGACUUUCUCAAUUAGAAAAAGAACAAAAUACAGUAAACGAAAUAACAAAUACAAUUACAAGUGCACCACAACAAUCACGUGCUGUUGCUAGAAAAAGUACUAGUAAAAAACAAAAUAUUGUAGAUACAAGUCCAUAUACUCCUACAACAGAAACAAAACCUUCUCAUAGUAUAGUUUAUUAUCAAACACAGAACAAAAUUCAAACAAAAAAAUUUGUUCCACAUAAAUGUGGUCCUCAGUGUGUUCAAGGAAUAUCUUUUACACCUGAUGAUUUAAAAGGUUAUUCACCUCUUUCAAUACCAUUACUUUGUGGUUGGAAUAGGCAACUUUGUAAAUAUCCAAAAGGCAAAAAAAUUACCUUAUAUCAAGCACCAUGUGGUAUUAGAUUACGAAACAUGGAAGAAUUACAUCAAUAUCUUCGUAAAACAGGUAGUCCAAUGUCAGUCGAUUUAUUUGAUUUUGAUUAUUGGGUACAUUGUUUAGCAGAAUUUGUCUUGGAUAAAUGUUUUAUUAAUAUAAAGGAUCUUAGUUAUGGUGUAGAAAAUGUACCAAUACCAUGUGUGAAUGAAUUAGAUCAUACUCAACCAGAUACAAUUAGAUAUAGUACUCAAAGAGAACCAACAGAAGGAGUUAAUCUUAAUUUAGAUCCAAAUUUCUUGUGUAGCUGCGAUUGUGAAGACGAUUGCCAAGAUAAAACAAAAUGUCAAUGUUGGCAAUUAACGAUACAAGGUGCUACUCUCGGAGGAAGAGUACCAAAUACAUCUGUUGGUUAUGUAUAUAAACGUUUACCAGAGCCAGUUACUACUGGAAUUUAUGAAUGCAAUUCUGGAUGUAAAUGUGCUGUAAAAACUUGUUUGAAUAGAGUAGUACAACACCCAUUAACAUUAAAAUUACAAGUAUUCAAAACAGCUCCUCGAGGUUGGGGUAUACGAUGUUUAAAUGAUAUUCCUCUUGGAUCUUUUAUUUGUAUAUAUGCUGGUAGAUUACUUACUGAACAGGGAGCUAAUGAAGGUGGUAAAAAUUAUGGUGAUGAAUAUCUAGCAGAAUUGGAUUAUGUGGAAGUAGUAGAAGGUAUUAAAGAAGGCUAUGAAAGUGAUGUUUUAGAACCAGAAAUGCCAUUAUCUACUCCAGAAGAUAAAAAAAAAUCUAUGACGAGCGAUGAUGAGGAUAAUUCUAAAGCAAAUGCAAAUGAUUCCGACGAAGAUUUCAAUAUUAGUAAAUAUGUAAAUUUUAAUGUUGAUUCUACAGAACCUUCCUCUAUUAGGAAAAGAUUAAGAAAGCGAAAACGAGAUGAUAUCAAUCAAGAUGGAUCUGAAGAAAAUAGCGAAGAUGGAAGCGCUACCAAAAUUUCCGAAAACAUUAUGAAAACUUCUAUUAAUGAAAAUCGUUCAAAUGAUCAAGACGCAAUUACUAUAAGUGAUGAAGAAGAAAAUAGAAGUGGUAGACGUGAACCAAGUAGAUUUGAGCCAACAGUUGAACCAACGCAAAUUGAAAGACCUAAAUUUAAAUCAGUAAGAGAUUUCUUUGGAGAAGAUGAGGCUGUUUAUAUAAUGGAUGCUAAAACAACUGGAAAUAUCGGACGUUACUUAAAUCAUUCAUGCGAUCCAAAUGUUUUUGUGCAGAAUGUAUUUGUUGAUACACAUGAUGUAAGAUUUCCAUGGGUAGCAUUUUUUGCUUUAAAUUAUAUAAGAGCAGGUCAAGAAUUAACAUGGAAUUAUAGUUAUGACGUUGGAAGUAUACCGGGUAAAGUUAUCAUUUGCAAGUGUGGUGCAUCUAAUUGUAGAGGUCGACUUUUAUAAUGUAUAAAUAUUUUAUAUAAAAUUAAUAAAAUUUGAUUAUGUAA